AUGCGUACCUACGACGAUUCCUUCAGCGGUCAAAAGAUCUACCCGGGCAAGGGCAAGCUCUACAUCCGUGGUGACAGCAAGAUCUUCCGCUUCCAGAACGGAAAGACCGAGUCCCUUUUCCUCCAGCGCAAGAACCCUCGCAAGAUUCACUGGACCACUCUCUACCGAAGGGCGCACAAGAAGGGUAUCUCUGAGGAAGUCGCCAAGAAGCGCACCCGCCGCACAGUCAAGCACCAGCGUGCCAUCGUCGGUGCUUCGCUCGACGUAAUCAAGGAGCGCCGCAGCCAACGUCCCGAGGCUCGUUCCGCUGCCCGCGCCGCCGCCGUCAAGGAGGGCAAGGAGAAGAAGGCCGCCGCCGAGUCAGCGAAGAAGGCUGAGAAGGCCAAGAACGCUGCCGCGUCCGCACGAGGCAACGCCGCCAAGGUCAGCAAGCAGGGUGCCAAGGGUGCCGCACCAAAGGUGCAGGCAAGGACUCGUUAA